AUUUCGAUGAAAUCAAAAAAGCGGGUUAUAUAAAUCCUACGAUACGAUGGAAAAAUAUAGAAAAUUUUUGUGAAAUUGUCACCAUCUUAUACUUUGGAAUAAGUUCAAGAUCAAAAUGCCGGAAAAAAUUGACGAACAAUUCAUCGUUAAAACAACACGUGAACCAAUUAAAAUUUCUAAUUUGACUUUGAGUGAAUUGUUACAUCAAAAAAUAACGAGUCAAGAUCCAAAUCGAAUAGCUGUAAUUGAUUCACAAGAUGGUACAAAAUUAACUUAUAGCCAAAUAAAUCGGAAAAUUCAACAAUAUGCCAAUGGAUUUUUGAAAUCAGGAAUCACCAACCAAGAUGUGAUUCUUUUUUUCGCUGACAAUUGUAUCGAUUAUCUCGUUUCACAAUUGGCAAUGAUUUAUUUGGGCGUAAUGAUUUCACCGGUCACACCGGCCAAUGGAGCCUAUGAAUUAGCCAAUCAGAUACUUGAUACAAAUGGUUCCAUUUUGAUUCUGGAUCGUCAUCAUGUCGAAACCGUUUUGAUGCCGGCUCUUGAUAAUGAAAAAUAUGCAUCUGCUAUUAAACAGUUGAAAAAAAUUAUCGUAAUGGAUUUGAAUGAUGAUGCAGAAUUGAUUCAAAAAUUACAACAGCAUUCAAAAGCUCCUAAACAAAUAUUAUCGUUGAAACAAAUUCCAAAAAAUCAAAGCGAUUCUUUAGAACGUAUUCCUUAUUUUGAAACCGAUCAAAAUGACCAAUUAUUUAUUGUUUUUACAUCGGGUACAACUGGACAACCAAAAGGAGUGAUUCACACCCAUAAAACAGCUGUGGCACUAAUUGAGAUAUAUAAACCAAUUAUUUGUCCAGUAGUUUAUUCAUUCUGGUAUCCAAUGGGACAUGUUUCCGGUACACUAAUUGGUUUUUAUAACCUUUACUAUGGAAUGACAUUGGUGCUUGAACCGGAUUCGGAACUUGAAGGAUUACUAUCUUCAGUGGAAAAAUACCAAAUUACACAAUUGGUUAUUUCACCAAGUCAUACAACCGAUUUGGCACGUGAAAAUUUCAAUCAACGUUACAAUCUUCAAUCAUUACGUAUGAUAUCAUUCGGUGGUUCGAAAGUUCCACAAGAACAUAUCGAUGAAAUAAAGAAAAAAUACAAUGUAAUGAUGUUCAAUAUGUAUGGUUCAAGUGAAAUGUUGGCACCAACUUGCGUAUUUAUGGACGAUACCGAUCCACCUGGAACAGUUGGUCGUCCAUGCAGUAAUACUGAAGUGAAAAUAAUCGAUUUGAAUACUGGUCAGAAUUUACCACCAAACUCACCUGGUGAAAUCUGUUCCCGAGGACCACAUAGAUUUGUAGGUUAUUGGCGAAAUGAAGAAGCUACCGCCAAAGCAAUCGAUUCUCAAGGAUGGUAUCAUAGUGGUGAUUUAGGAUAUUUGGAUGAGCAAGGUAAUCUGUUCAUCAUGGAUCGAAUCAAAGAAAUGAUCAAAUUUAGACAUUGGAGUAUAUCACCGUUUGAAAUUGAAGAAUUUUUAGCCGGACAUCAUGCAGUCAGUGCUGUAUGUGUUGUCGGUGUUAAACAUCAAAUCGAUGGACAGUUGUUAAGAGCAUAUGUUGAAAUUCGUCCAGGCCAUCAUGUUACUGAACAAGAAUUGAUCAAAUUCACAGAAGAAAAUAUUGGCUUUCAAAAACGACUACGAGCUGGCGUAAAAUUUGUCAAACAUUUGGGACGAACAUCGAUCGGCAAAGUGGAUCGUAAAAGUUGCCGUAAAUGGGUUGAAAAUGAACUAUUAACCGAACCGGUUGAAUAAGCGCAUAAAUAACCCUUUCAUAGACAAUGAAUGUUUAAAAAAUAAAGUUUUUUCUCAAAAAAAAAAUUCAAAUUCAUUGG